AUGGAGGAUAAGGUUCACCUUUCAGUAUUUUAUAAUAAUACUAUAGAAAAAUCAGCGGAUGAAACUAAUUCCUCACUUAUUGACAGUGUAUGUUUGAAGAAAAGAAGGAUACGAAGAAAACACAAUUGUAUUUACUGCGACAUCCCUGUUUUAAAUUUUGCUAGACACCUUGAAAGAAUUCAUAGUGAUGAACUUGAGGUUCAAAAAUACUUAUCUCUUGACAAAAAGGAUCCGAAACGAAAAUAUUUCAUUGAUAAAAUACGAAAGGAGGGAGACUUCUGCAUUGGCAAAUCCGUACCUGUGUUUCGUAGAAAUGUUUUAAGUAAUAGUGAUGAAUCUUCGACUAAUUCAAACAUGCUUCCAUGUAUACACUGUAAAGGAUAUUAUGCCAAAAAAUCGCUUCGGCGCCACAUUAGACGGUGCUAUUUUAAUGAAAAAAAGGCAACAGGAAAAGUACGACAUCAGUCCGAAGCCCAAAACCUAAUGGCUACUAAUUUUGGAUCAACCGAUCCACUAAGGACUUCGGGUGUUUUAAAUUCACUAGCUGCGGAUGACAUCUCUUUAGUAGCAAAGAAAGACAAACUUAUAUGCGAUGUAGGAAGGAAAUAA